CAGUGGAGAAGAGAACAACAAACCUUCUUCUCUCUUGUUCACAUUCAUAAUUUGAUGAACAGUCUUCUUCUCUGAUGCACAAACCCUCUCCCUGAAUCUUGAUCCUCUCGAUUUUCACACAAUCAAGAUUUGAAGCUAACGUUUUGAGAUAAAUCUUUGACACCGCCAUAUUUGGUUGGCUGAUUGUGGGAGGAAUUCCAGAGAAAUAUAGCAGGUGAUGGUUGUGCAACAAUGGCAAAGAAGAAGGGCUUGUUUACUGUAUUGAAAAGGAUUUUUAUUUCAGAAGCUAAUUCAGAAAAGAAAGAGAAGAGAAGAAAAUGGACAUUUUGGAAGCUUAGGAUUAAAAAAAGAUUACCUUCCAUUACAGCACCUCCAGAGCAAAGGACAAGUCAUGAAUCGCACGAGGAACAGAAGGAGGAAAGUGUGUCAGAUGUGGGUGAGAUCAGCCAAGUAUCUUGUAGUCGACAGUUAGAUUCCAUAGACGAGUCAAAAGGUUCAACAUCCCCGGAAACUGCUGAUUUGGUAGUCCAAUAUCAAAUGUUUCUAAAUAGACAGGAAGAAGUUCUUGCUGCUACUCGCAUUCAGACAGCUUUUCGGGGUCAUCUUGCAAGGAAAGCUCUACGUGCCUUGAAGGGAAUAGUGAAGCUCCAAGCAUAUAUCAGAGGUCGUGCUGUGAGACGUCAAGCAAUGACUACACUAAAAUGCUUGCAAUCUGUUGUGAACAUUCAGUCACAAGUCUGUGGUAAGAGAACACAAAUUCCGGGAGGUGCUCACAGAGAUUAUGUAGAGAGCAAUAUAUUCAAUGAGAACAUUCUCAAGGUGGACACAAACGGUCAAAAGAGAUGGGACGAUAGUCUUUUAACAAAGGAAGAAGCGGAAGCUGUGGUCAUGAGCAAGAAAGAAGCUUCACUAAGAAGAGAAAGGAUAAAGGAAUAUGCAGUCACUCACCGGAAAUCCGCGGAGUCAUACCAGAAACGAAGUAACACGAAAUGGAAGUACUGGUUAGACGAAUGGGUAGAUACACAACUAACCAAGAGCAAGGAGCUUGAAGAUCUCGACUUCUCUUCAAAAACAAAACCAAAAGACGAAACUUUGAAUGAGAAACAGCUUAAAACUCCAAGGAACUCAUCACCAAGAAGAUUGAUGAAUAAUCAUAGAAGACAAGUUUCAAUGGGUGAAGAGGAACAAAGCCCUGCCGCGGUGGCUGUCACUACACCAACUUAUAUGGUUGCAACAGAGUCAGCAAAGGCAAAGUCAAGAUCAUUGAGCUCCCCAAGGAUAAGACCGAGAAGUUUUGACACACAGUCAGAGAGUUACUCGCCGUAUAAGAACAAGCUAUGCCUGACGACCUCGAUGAUGAGUGAAGCACCAAGCAAAGUGAGGAUAGCCAACAAUGGCAGUAAUACAAGGCCAAGUGCAUACCAGCAACGGAGAUGUGAGCAGGAAGAGAUUGUUGAGAAGCUACCAGAUGCUUUGCUUCUUCUGGAGUCACCCACACUUGCACAGGUGACUGGCGGAGACCAUGCUUCCGUUGUUGCAGCUGCAAUGGCCCAGAGUGCAUUACGGAAGAGAGACUUGAAUGGGAAUGCUUCUUCUCUUCCUCGUCGUUCCAAGCUACCAAGAGGAAAUUUACCUCAUUCCAAGAAUUACCCUGAAACUUUGGGUAAUGUGCUUGUGCCUCCUCAGCUCAAGGGAAGGAGCAAUGUUGCUACAGAGGAUAUGAGCAAGCUUUUUGUGAAAAAACGGCAAGACUCCUCCUCCAAGGCACGAUCUCCAGAUCAGGAAUAGUUUGGUCUAAUUUUAAUGGUUUUGUAUCUCUGACUAAUUGCGCAACAUAAUAGAUUAAUAGUGUUAUC